AUUUGACUUGACAGUGACAUAUUGUAGCACAUUUUGCAUAGCGGUGUCGAUGUUGGUGUUUUCUAUUUUUGGACCAAUUUCAAUAAUUUGAUUUGUCGUUUUUAGUUUUAUGUAUUGAAAUUUUUAUAAUUCAUAUCUGAAAAUAAUGCUUAUCGGCACCUGUCCUGAAGAACCUACCAAAAAAAAGCGGCGUAAAAAUUUAGAUACAGCGGAUCAAAUAAAUGAAGAUGAGAAACCUAUAGCUAAAGAAAUGUUACAAAAGGUUCGAAAAAAGCACAUACCUAACCUCAGAUUAAAACCUGCUGGAGAUAUUGCAUCUUUACUCACAGCCGAACAAGAAAGAAUACCAUUAAUGCUCACUGAUGUACAGCACCUUCUUAUGCAUUCCCUGUUUGGUAACAUCAAUUUAAGUCAACCUCCUCGAUGGUAUGUUUUGGAUAAGGGUGAUCAUGUAAGUCAAACAACAUGCAUCAUCUUAGAAGGUCUUUCUAUUCAACACUGGGAAAAAUAUCAUAAGAAAAUGUUAAAUUCUAAUAAAAUUUUUAAGCACCAUAUAGAAAUUCUUACCCCAUCUGUAUACAAUGGUUCACUUGUUAAGGAGUUAGCUUUAGUACCUUUGUCUGAAAAUGAUAAGGAAGCAAUCAUACAGAAAUAUGGAAGUAUGAAUUUAGCUUUAGAAGCUAGAAAGGAUUUGAUGGUUAUGAUGAGGGCAGUCUUUCCAAUUGAAGAUGGUGAUAGUGAAAAUUAUAAUUAUACAAAUGGAGAUGCCUUUCCUAGAACACAACUCAUCUUGUCAGCAUGGCAAUUGAUUGAAGACAAUUAUCCAUUGCCUUUGAAAGGAAAAUUACAAAAUGCUUAUGCAGAUUAUGUUAUGACUAAAGAGGAAUAUAAACCAGUUACAGCCAAAUCACCAAUGUUUGGAUUAGAUUGUGAAAUGUGUCUAACAAGUGCAGGUUCAGAAUUAACUCGGGUUACAAUUGUCAAUGAGAAACAUGAAAGUGUAUAUGAAACAUUAGUUAAGCCUUAUAAUGAUAUAACUGAUUAUUUAACAAAGUAUUCUGGUAUUACUGCAACAUUACUGGCAAAUGUUGACAAGAGGUUAGAAGAUGUUCAAAAAGAAAUUAGAGAUUUAUUACCCCCUGAUGCCAUUUUAGUUGGUCACUCACUAAAUACAGAUUUACAUGCUUUAAAAAUGAUGCAUCCUUAUGUUAUAGACACUAGUAUAGUAUUUAAUAUCACUGGGGAAAGGUGUCGUAAACCUAAGCUAAAGGUAAUAGCUAGAGAAUUUCUCAAUGAAAUUAUUCAAUCUGGAAAAGAAGGUCAUUGUUCUAAAGAAGAUGCCACAGCCGCUCUGAAAGUUGUACAGCUAAAAUUGAAAAAAGACUUAGAAUUUGGUGAUGCCGUUCAUACUAAGAGAAAACAGUACAAAGAAAAUUUUAUAAAAGUGAAACAAAAAGAGGAAUAUGCUUUAUCAAUUUUUAAUCAUAUAAUAGAACAGAAGAAAACAUCAAUUGUAGUUGGUUGUGAUAACAUUACAGGGGAUUAUCACACAUACUUGACACAAGCAAAAGAAAGCCUUAAUUCUCAUUUGAAAAAGAACAAAGUGAAAAAGGUGAAACUUUGCACAGUAGAUGGUGUGGAAGAAGUUAUAUCCAAGCUGUCUGAAUCUGUUAGUGAAUUUAACUUAGCCAUGGCACAUCUCAAAUUAGAAAUUAACACUGAAAAUGGAUUACAACAAAUGCUUGAGAUUGAUGCAUGGAUACAAAGAGUAUGGGACAGUUUGAAGCUUUCAGGUUUGUUUGUUAUUGUCUUUGGUGGCACAACAGAUACCAAUGGUAUUGCAAUGAUGAAAGUAAAAGAUGUAACAUGAAUUUUACUUCACUGAAUUAAUUUCCACAUUAGUAUUUAAGUAACAAGUUUUUUUUCUUCCAUAUAAGACCAAAACAAAAAACAAAGUCAUGGAAAACGCAAUUCCUAUGAAAUGUAAUAUGCAUAUUAGCUUCUAAAGACUGAUUCCAAUUUCACAUAGAAUAUGUGUAGUAAAUUUGUUAUAUCACAUUACAGUUGCUUGUUGUAUGUAAGUCCUGUUUUGUGGACAAUCCGUACAAAAGGCAUUUGUUGGUCAGUAGACAAAGUUUACUAUUUUAUUAUAAAAUGCCUUGCUGAAAGUUAAAAUGAAUUAUUUGUAAAAUGAAUACAUCGAAUAUAAAUCAAAAGACAUACAAGAUUAUGUACAAAAGUA